UUGAAACAGUUUUGUAUUUUUUUGAGCUGAGUUUGAAAGUACACCAUCUUGAUUUCCAGAAUGCACACCAUUCACUGAGUUGUGAUUGCAAAAACUGGACUGAUACAGUCACUCGCCUUGUGCUGACAGCGGAGCCAUAUCAAAGGGAUCCCGUCAAAGAGCUUGGGGAAUGGUAGACCGCAUGAUGGCAAUGAACCAUGGACGAUUCCCUGAAGCUGUGAAUGGUCUCCACCAUCACCACCCAGCGCGCAGAAUGGGCAUGGGGCAGUUCUCGAACCCACUACACCAUCAGCAACAACAGCAGCAGCAUGGCUACACUACUGGUAUAAUGGGAGAUAAUUUGCACUACGGAGGGGGCAAUGUAACAGCUAACCACGGAAUUCGGCAUUCUGUGGGGAAUGUAAACGCUGGACACCCAAACGGCAACAUGCCUCCCGGAGCGCGCUACAGCUCUCAAUUUGUGGGACCUGCCGCCGCCGUCCCCACUCAAGGACAGCUCGCGGCAAGUAUGCAGUUACAAAAGCUCAACACGCAGUACUACAGCCACCAUACUCACCCCUCUCACCAUCAUUAUAUGCAUGAUUUGCAUCCUGCGAAUCAUCAACUUAACGGGACGGGACAACAGUUCAGAGACAGCAACGCGAAACACAGCACGUCCAGUUUGCCUCAACAAGCGCAUCAUGUGCCUGCAGCAAUACUGCCCCCCAACGUCAUUGACACGGAUUUUAUUGAUGAGGAGGUCUUGAUGUCUCUGGUCAUUGAGAUGGGGCUGGACCGAAUAAAGGAGCUACCUGAGCUGUGGUUAGGACAGAACGAGUUUGAUUUCAUGACAGACUUUGUAUGUAAGCAACAGCCAAGCCGAGUGAGUUGUUAAAUCUCACUAAGUGGACUUAUACAGUCAUCUACUCAAACAUACUUUAAAGCAUUCCUUGUUGUCCCCUAAACUCGAACAUUGAGAGAGAAGAUCUGCAAUAUACCAAUGGAGAACCAUUCAAACGUACUAUACCAGAUGAUAUAUUCCUCAAAUAUUUUGGGGUAAUAGACUUAUACUGCAGAUAUAAUGGACAUGAGUUUGUUUGAUGUAGGAAUGCACUACAAUCUCAAUUGAAUCUUUGUCAGAAAGGCAAAUCUUUACAUCCAUGCUAUGCAUCAUUACUUCAAGCUAGAAUCCUUAGUUGAUACAUCAAUUUUUGGAGAAAUUAACUAAGAAAUGUUAUAUAUAUAUAUAUAUAUAUAUAUACCCAUUGAUUCUUGAAGAAUAUAACUUAGAAAUGCCUCAUGAGCUUAGUUCAACUGUGAUACCCCAUCACCCAAAGGAAAAAUAUAAGCCCUUUUUUGUUAGCAAUGUUAAUAUAAACAAACACUGUAUAGCCUCAACAUGGUUAACUAUCAUUUUGAUAUAAUGUGUGGUCAGUCCUUGCACCAAUAGCUAUGUCUAUGAAUUUCAGAGUGGUUAUUUUGGCCCAUUCCUCAGCUUUUAAAAAAAAAAAAAAACAGUGGGGAUGCCCACUUUGUUAUUGUUUCAAUUAAGGAUUCUAGCUUUAGUUGGACAACAGAACAUGUGAAAUCAAGAAAACCUUUUAGAUGAGUAGAGUGUGUCUGCUUAUUUGAAUAGGCCUAGUUCUGGAGGAAAAUAGAGCCGUACAAUAGCGUGCUUGGUAUAUUUAUUUUCCUGCCUCGUUCAAACAUUUUGGAUGACAGAAAAUGUUGAAUAAUUAUGAAUUGCAAAUGAACCAUAUUCAAAAUGCUCGAAGUGGUUAAGAAACAUGCUUGUAGACAAGUACUGUGUAAUUGUUCCCUACAAUACUAUACUGUACAAUGUUGUGGCCAUAUACUUACCAGAUAUCUGUGCUUUAAAAUGAUUUGUCUAUCAUGGAGGAAAACUGAAACUUGUGCUUGUUUUUUUUUUAUUUCCUCAUCUGCUGCAAAUGUAUUUUUAACAUUGCUUGUAUCACAGCCAGGAUGCACUGUGAGUUAACAUGGUUUUCUUUGAUAUUGUAAAGGUUAAUGGUAGGAAUGGAAAUGUCUUUACAGAGAUGUGGAUCCUUCAAUAACAGAGGGGGUGAUGUGUGGGUAUUUUCCACAUGCUUAAAUGGGAACAAUGUCUGUUUAGAAAGAGAGAAAAAAAAAUGAGUCUUUGGAAAAGGGAUACUCCUUCGCUUAAAUAUCCAACCCCUCCCCCCUGCUCUUUCAUGUGUGGACAAUAAACAGUGUGGAAUGUUGUCAAGGUAAAGAGUAUAAUUUCACAGGACGUCUUGUUUCUCAUCAGUCCUCAGAAUUGACACCACUGUGCUUAUUUAGUGUAUGCGAUGCAAGGCAAUACUACUGUGUUGAAGCUUUCCAGGAAAGUUUGACAGUAUUUUUGUACAUUUUUUUUUUUUUUUUAGAAGAAGAAGAAAAUUGUUAAUUUAUUCUAUUUUAAUUUGCAAACAUGAAUAAAGCAGCUGAAGUGCA